GCAGCUCUUUUUCAGCAGAUGGGAGGGACUCAAAUGCCUCUUUUUCUCUCAGUUUCCACCGUAUAACUCCUGCUUUCCACUAAACCUCACUCUGAGUAACAUUAAACAGAAAACACCGCUAAAAACACCGAUAUUCUGCGGGUCUGCAGCUGGAUAUUAAUGCCAUAAACAGCGAUGUAGUCAAACAGGACGAAACAGUCAUGGGUUCAGAGGCGGUCGAGGACUGUGUGCAGGGGGCGCUCUCGUCUCUGUAUCCUCCGUUUGAAAGCACCGCUCCUCCUCUCCUCUCUCAGGUGUUCUCCGUACUCGAGUCCACCUAUCAGCAUGACAGCUUGAGAUAUCUGCUGGAUUUCUUCAUUCCUGCCAAGCACCUUCUGCAUAGAUUACAGCAGCAUGCAUGUUCUCAGUAUCUAGGCUGUCUCUUCUUGCACUCUGGUUGGCCACUAUGUUUGGGGGAGAAGGUAGUAGUACAGCUCUCUACUUUGGACUGGAGACUCCUGCGAAGUACUGACUUCUACCUGCAGGUGGUCCCCUUCUCGACACGCUGUCCUCGACUUGCUCUUAAGUGCCUUGCACCAGGUGGACGAAAUGUACAGGAGGUCUUAGUGCCAGAAUCACAGCACCCAUUGGUGUUCACCUCAGAGUGGCUGCACUGCAUCAACAAAGAACGUGGCUGCAAGAGAGAAGGUGGAGGAUGUUUGGACACCUGUCUUGUGAGUACAAGUGACGGAGUUGUCCGUAUUCCAUGGGAAGAGGUGGUCUAUCCUAAACUCCUGCACAAUCCAUCCGAUCUUCUUCAAGACAAGCCUGACCCAACUGACCUGUCCUCAGGGGGUCUGGGCCUUGGUUGGGGUGGCUCUUCAGAAGAGCGUGAUUCCUGGUCCUGGGAUGAAGAGGAUGACUUGCCUCCAGAUGGGAACGAGGCAGAUAUUGAGGCUGCAUUAGAAUGUCUGCGCAGAAGCAGUGAUGGCCACCUUGUAGCUGAUGGCGCUGGAGAUUAUGUAGAGCUGCUAGAGCCCAGAGGAGGUCCAGAUGGUGGUGCUGAUCCCAAACAGCGCUACUUGGAAAUGCACGGGAUAUGUAAGACUAAAACUUUACCUCUUUGUAGAAGGGGUAAAGCAAUACGACUACGAAAGGGGAAGGGAAGAGGGUAUGGGAGGACUGAAUCUGGUGCUAGGGGCGGAAGUCUGGUACGAAGGGAUAGCAACAACAAUGGUAAGGAUGGUGUAGUUUCCUGUAGUGACUUGGCUACCUCACGACCUUUGCCUCGUGUCAUUGAUUUGGGUCGCCAAAGGAGGUCGUAUUCCCCUUCAAUCUUACAUGCUGAUGAAGGUGCUGGAGACCCAGUGGGCUUGGAAUGUAGAUCUGAUUGUAUGGACAAUCCGGCCAAAGAGAGAAAGCCAGGGGUAGGAAAAGAGAGAGAUGGGACUGGGGGUACACUGCCCUGGGAAGAGUGUCAAAGAAAGAAAAGUUCCAGCAGGCGAUGUUCAACAGAUGCUAAUGAUGCAAAGUGCAUUGCAAACGGUCUUGGAGAUGGACAACAGGACCACAGUCAAAGCUCACACUGUGGUUGUGAUGAUAAAAUAUUGGCCAGCACUUUAGACAUUAGACAGGACAUUGCAACAUCUCAAAAUCAGUCCAAUGCUUUAGAUGAUGGAGCUAUCCCAUUGUCUGCUAAUGGGAAAACAGAAGACACUAACAAGCAAUUGGCUGAACAGUCAAGGACAAGGUCCCUCCAGGAUUCUUCCACAAACAAUGCACCUGGUUCAUCAGAUUGUGCAAAAAGGAGAAACAAACAUUCAGACACUACCUGUGAGGAGAAAAUGGAUAUAAAUAUGUCACCAUCAGGUACUGUGGGUGCCAUUGGAGAAAAGCAGGUUGGAAAGUCAGAGAACUCUGUUUGUCCCAGAGGAAAAGAAGUAAAAACGGGUGGAUUUAGAGCUCCCAGGAGGAAAAGGAAAGCCAAAGGAGGUAAAGGGAAGGCCAAAUCUAAUGGCCGUGGACAGCAAAAAGGCAAGGGUGACCAAAUCACCUCAAAGAACCAAACCAAAGCCACCCAACCAAUUUGCCAGUCUAGCCAAUCAGAGGAGGCUUCUCUGCAAUCCAAAAAGUCCAUAUGCUGUGAAGCAUCCUCCGAUGAUAAAACAGAUGCAAAGUCAAAAGCCAAAGAUGGAGAAAGCCAGUCAUGCACAUCCUUCCCUGAUCAUUCCCAAAACGAGUUGAGAUUAUCUCAGUCUGCAGCUCACGUGGAGUCCAAAUCUCCCCCUACUCAUCUUAAAGACUUAGAUUUAAAUCUUCUUCAGUCGGGAAAGCUAAUAUUAACAGGUACUAUGGACCGACUGGGGCGAGCAUUGGUAGUCACUGAAAGUCACCUUCCGGAGGAUGGCUGGACCACAGAUGAAAUGAUCAAAGUUUUGUCCUGCUAUUACACCAUCACUAGACCUAUGGCCAAAGAGAAAGGGCUGACUGUGAUAGUGGACAGCAGGAAAUCUGCCCCGUCUGAACUCUGCCUUUCAGCACUGAAGCUCUUCAAGGAACAGGCAGCAACAGGGCUCGACUCAGUUCUUAUCCUAACUGAGGAACUGGACGAAUCGACCCAAUCGUGUCUGGAGGGAAUAGAGAUGCAUACAGUACGAGGUACGGGUGUCCUUCAGCAGUUUGUGGACAAGCAGCAUUUGCCCAGAGAAAUGGGUGGAGAUUUGAACCACUCACACGAUGACUGGCUCACUUUCAGACUGAGUCUGGAGCAGCUGACCGAGCGCUGUGAGAGCGCCCUCACCCUGCUUGGAGACGCACUGCUGUCUAUGGACACAGAACCACUACCAGAUUGUAUUAAGAGCGUUCCCCUGAGCGUGGACAAACACAGGCAGUUAAUGACAGGCAUCCUCACUGACCAACGGCUGACUGAGCUGCAGCAGAGAGGCGGGGCUUGGCUGGCAGGUCUGGCCAAUGGGACGUCAGGAUUGGCACAGAGAUCACCAGACUGCAAGGCUGCUUUUGCGGUGACCUCGGACCUUUACGACAGUGUGGACGAUGCACUUCACAGACUGGUGCGUUCCUCCAAUCAGAGGAGUCGCGACCUGGAAGCACUCGGGAGAUUGGCUGCACUCGUGGAUAAACUGGAGAAGUGUGAGCGAGACGUGGAGCAGAUUCAGGAUCAGCUGAAGGAUUAUAAAGAUCCUCCUCUGUCUCUCAGCAGACUGACCCUCAAACAGCACAAAUUCAGGAGCUUCAGAGAGGCCGCUAUGGAUCUCCACAGUGAGACACUAGUGCUGCUGGCGGAGGUGGAGAGCUGGUCUGAGCUGGACUGGUCUGGUCUCGCUGCUGUGCUGGAAAAACUGCCUCCAGUUCGGGAGAAAGUCCGAGACAUGUCUCACUGUCUGUCGGACCGCUGGACACAACUGGACAACACUCAGCGGCUGCUGUCCACGCUCACUGAAGCGUCUCAAUGGUGUGACGUGGUGUCGUCCUCCUCUCCAUCAUCCUCGUCUUCCUCUCCUCUUUCAUCUCUGCCUCCCAUCCCUCCGUCACGCUUCCAGGACGCUCGAGCUCUGGCUCUGGAUCUGGGCGGAGGUGCUUUGCUGGAUCUCUGGUCUCAGACUCUGGAGCGCUACCAGAAAACCCUGGCGGAGUUCAAGAGCCGAAUCCUCCAGGCAGAGAGAGGCUCGUCUGUGGCCCAGGGUCAGGAGCCGGACCUUGGGGGCAGAUGGAGGACUCCUGCUCCCAGCAGCACCUCCAGUCUGGGGGAUUUAGAAGGCGAGAUCGAGCCCGACUGGUGCCCUGGAGGAGAGGGGGGCAUGCAGUCCUGGGGGUCACUGGCGUCACUUUUUAGGCCACAAAACUGCUCAACGCUCAAGAUCGGAGAGGAGAAGAAGAAAGAAGGGGUGAAUCCAGGAGGAGGGAAGUUUCUGCAGAAUCUGCUGCACCCGGCCAAGAAAAAUCCCACAGAUGCACCGCUCCCUCCCAAACCCCCUCGAAAGCGGCAUCCCAGUUUUGACCUCCAGGCUCUGUUAGCCCCUCGACGUGCAGGAGCCACACCUAAACCCACCGAGUCCACUUCCGGCCAGUCGUCUCCGCUGUCCUGGCUGGGCCGUAAAGCUAUGACAGAUCCAAUCCUCACUGCGGGGGUGGCAACAGCGGUUCCGGGAUGGAGGGAUCCGGCUGGAGGUGGAGCUGGGGGAGAAGCAGGAGGUGGGGGAGUGCUGAUCAGAGGAGUGGAGGUCAGCAGUAAAGAAGUGGCCGAUCAUACAGGCUUCACACGCCAACACGUACUGCUAAACCGCACUGAGAGAGGGACGGGGAUGGAGAGAGCUGGAGUCACUGCACAGAGUAAGCUGUAUCUGCAGUGGUGUCGGCUGGUCAGCACAGAGAGACAGUACGUGGCUGUUCUUAAAGGUGUGGAGGAAAACUACCUGCCCCUCCUGGAGUCUCCUGACGCCCCGUCCGCUCUGAGAGGAAAAACUGAGUCGCUUUUCUGUAACUGGAAAAGCCUCUCUGCGUUCCACUCGCAGUUACUCCUGCCGGCCAUGGAGGGCGCACUCUCCCAGACCCUCCAGCAGACCGACUGCUUCACCAAAUACAAGGAUCAGUUUCUUCUGUAUUCCCACUAUAUCCGCAUGAGGCCGGAGUCGGAUGCUCUGAUCAUCAGUCAGGCUGCUGAUUUCUUCAAGAUGAAGCUGUGUUCGUCCCUGGUUCCCGCUCCUCCCUUCCCGCAGUGUCUUUCGGCUCCUCUUCAGAGACUCCAGCAGUACUCUCAGGCUCUGGAGGAACUGGGCGGACUUAACCCCGGCUCUGACUCCGCCCUCUCCAUCAUCAGACACGCCCAUCGCCACGGAGACGACCUGCGGGCCAGUGAGCUCAUCAGCGGCUGUCCGAUCCCAGUGGCCGAGCGUGGAGAUCUUGUGCGUCAGGGUGAGCUGUGUGUGUGUGGUGGAGGACGACGCAAGAAAACAGGAAUCAGAAACGUUUUCCUGUAUCAGAACUUCAUGAUCUUCACCAAACACAAAACACCAAACCCGGGAACCAGCGUGUACAGCUUCAAACACAGCAUUAAGACAGGUGAAAUGGGUCUCACUCAGAGUGUCGGUGAGGACGGCCUGAGGUUCGAGGUUUGGGUUCGGCAGGCAUCUCGAACCCGGGACUGUUUGACCCUGCAGACGGCCAGCGCUCAGGAGAGAGCGAGCUGGACACACGACAUCGCUCAGCUGCUGUGGACACAUGCUAUGCACAACACCGAGUUGUGUCUUAAGGAGUCUCUCUGUAUGGGGAUUUCCAGUAAGCUGUUACUGGAUGUGACUGGAGCUCAAUCUGCAGAACUGGACUCCAGCUCCAGCCUGAAUGACAGAGUUCAGAGCAGUUGUUCAGAUUCGUCUUCUGUGGGCAGCAUGAAGGAGGAUUCACCUGCAUCGCAGACAAGGAGGAGCGCAGAGCACACGGGACACACACAGAGCUCUUCUCCCUCCACCUCAGUGUGAAUCUCUUCAGCUCAUAAUGCCAGUCUUCAAACUAGUACACAACUGGUGCUGUUUCUUUCACCAACACACACACACACACACACACACACAUUUUGUUUUGACUGGACAACUGGACACACACUGGAGCAGGAGAGACGCUGGUGUGUGUGUGUGUAUUCAGUAUUUCAGGAGACUCCCAUCACGUCUACAGUCUCCCUUUCUCAUGUUUAAAGCGGAUCAAGAACUGAUUCAGCAUCUCAGGCUCAGCCAACACACAACAACAGGUUACAAGUCAACAUGAAAUACACAGAGGAGUGCUUUUAAUACACAACGCAUGACUACCAAAGACAAACAUCUUCAUAAUCUCGUAAAACAAUGUCAGAAUGUCCAAAGCCAUUUUACAACAACAGUCAAUUGUUAUUAGUUCUUUAAGGUUUUAUUCUGCACUGCAGUGUUGGGGAGCGUUACUUUUUAUAGUGAUAUAUUACAAUCUUAUAUUACAACUUUGAAAAGUAACUGAAAGUGUUUGUUAUUUACUUUAGAAAGUAACUAUACACUCACCGGCCACUUUAUUAGGUACACCUUAUUAGUACCGGGUCGGACCCCAUUUUGCCUUCAGAACUGCUUUAAUCCUUCAUGUCAGACAUUCAACAAGCUACUGUAAAUAUUCCUCAGAGAUUUUGCUCCAUAUUGACAUGAUAGCAUCACGCAGUUGCUGCAGAUUUGUCGGCUGCACAUCCAUGAUGCCCAAUCUACCGUUCCACCACAUCCCAAAGGUGCUCUAUUGGAUUGAGCUCUGCUGACUGUGGAGGCCAUUUGAGUACAGUGAACUCAUUGUCAUGUUCAAGAAACCAGUCUGAGAUGAUUGGGGCUUUAUGACAUGGUGCGUUAUCCUGCUGGAAGUAGCCAUCAGAAGAUGGAGACACUUUGGUCAUAAAGGGAUGGACAUGGUCAGAACAAUACUCAGGUAGGCUGUGGUGUUGACACCAUGCUCAAUUGGUACUAAUGGACCCAAAGAAAAUCUCCCCCACACCAUUACACCACCACCACCAGCCUGAAGCGCUGAUACAAGGCAGGAUGGAUCCAUGCUUUCAUGAUGUUGAGGCCAAAUUGUGAGCCGAGCGUCCGAAUGUGGCAGCAGAAAUGGAGACUCAUCAGACCAGGCAACGUUUCUCCAAUCUUCUAUUGUCCAGUUUUGGUGAGCCUGUGUGAAUUGUAGCCUCAGUUUCCUGUUCUUAGCUGACAGGAGCGGCACCCGGUGUGGUCUUCUGCUGCUGUAGCCCAUCCUCCUCAAGGUUGGACGUGUUGUGUGUUCAGAGAUGCUCUUCUGCAGACCUCGGUGGUAGCGAGUGCUUAUUUGAGUUACUGUUGCCUUUCUAUCAGCUGGAACCAGUCUGGCCAUUCUCCUCUGACCUCUGGCAUCAACAAGGCAUUUGCGCCCACAGAACUGCCGCUCACUGGAUAUUUCCUCUUUGUCGGACCAUUCUCUGUAAACUCUAGAGAUGGUUGUGCGUGAAAAUCCCAGUAGAUCAGCAGUUUCUGAAAUACUCAGAGCAGCCCGUCUGGCACCAACAACCAUGCCACACACAUAUAGUCUGUGUGUCUCCUAAAUCCACUUUCUUCCCCAUUCUGAUGCUCGCUUUGAGCUGCAGCAGAUCGUCUUGACCAUGUCUACAUGCCUAAAUGCAGUGAGCUGCUGCCAUGUGAUUGGCUGAUUAGAAAUUUGCAUUAACAAGCAGUUGGACAGGUGUACCUAAUAAAGUGGCCGGCGAGUGUAUAUUACAAUCUUGUCACUACUUUAAAAGUAACUAAAGUAAUGUGUUACUUAGAUAGGUUUUAAGGAAAAUGUAAGAAUGUUUAGGAGUUUAAUAGUAAAAAAUACAUACCUUUUAAAAACCUGAAAAUUAAAAGAUAAUUUGUUACUUUAGUAGUUGCAAAGGUAAUCUGAUGCCAUAACUCAGAGUAAAGUAAGCUGUAACGCUCGACCCUCAACACUGGUUAACACAGCAAUGCCAAACACUGCAGGUUUUAAAGUUAAAAUGUGAAAUAUUUAGGAAUGUAAAGAUGCUUUCCCAUUUAGAAAUCUUAUAUAAAAAACAAUAUAUGCAAAUUUCAUGACAUACACAUUCAUUUUUGGAUUAAACCCAUAGAAAUAUGUCAGAAAUGCAACAUAUAUUUCAAAAUAUGACUAAAAUGACUAUUCAAAAACUAUUCAAUUAUGAAUAUCUACAUGUAUGUUCAAAUAUAUUUGACAUCAUUUUAUAUUUAUAUGUUUAUAUAUGGCCAUAUAUCAGAUUAGGUCAGAUUUUACUUGAAGGGGUGUUCGUAAGGCUCGUGAAACAUUUAUAAUCAUGACAUAAACAUGAUCGUCUGGAGGCCGUUAUAAUUGUGAAUUUUAUAGCAGCGUCAUUAAUAUUUUUACAGUGGUACAAAUCGUCAUUUAAAUGUCAUUAAAUGCUAAUAGAGCUGAUGUAAAUGUGUUUGACAAGAGUAUUGACACUUAAAAUAAAUUUUAAUGACGAUCAUGUUUAUGGCGGAUUUAUGACCAGUUAUGUUGUCUUGAUAAUGCCAAACCAAUACAUCUCAAACAAUGUCAUCUCUGUAUUUAAAAUGACAUAACUGAGCUAAUGACACUUAAAAACAGCUGUCAUAAGCAUGCAUAAAAUCUCAUUCAUAGUCAUAAUACAUCAUGUCAUGAUUUUAAGGGUUUUAUCAACACCCCCUUCAAGUAAAGCGUUGCCAAACUGAUAUUUGGCCAUAUAUGAACAUAUAUAAAAUUAGAGUUAAUCUAUUUGAACAUCCAUAUUGGUAAUUCCAGUGGUUAAAAUAUUUAUAUAUCAAAGGCAAUUCAUUCAAUAUCCUAAAAUAUACGGUGCAUUUAUGACAUAUAUUAUA